CACGCGUUGAAAGAAAAAGAUCGGAAAAUCAUGAAGAGGGCAGAGACGCCCCAGGGAGGUCUUCGUGAGCUCAAGACCAUACACGACCCUGAAUCAUCUGUACAGCCGUCAGAGGACCUCAAGUCCCUGACGUCGACCAAGAUCUCUAGAGGUGAAAACCCCCAAAACGCCCAAAAUGAGAUGCUCCAAACCGCAAAGUCUUUAACCGAAAAAGCACUAACUGUCAACGAAACGUUCGUCCUUCACCUCUUCCUGGAUGCCCUUUCGGACGAGUAUGCCAUGACAAAGCACAACCUGCGACACGCGAAGGAGUUGACGCGGACCGGUGUGCUAAAGGAAGUAAUGAUCGAAUACAAGGCGAUCAAGGACAAGCUGGAGCAGGGGAAAGGAAAAGGGGCGAAGGGCGCAGAGCAAGCGCACUUCGCCGACGGUGAGGGCCGCAGGGAGCGGUACUCAAGUAGGAGUCAGGGGCAAGGUCGUGGUCGUGGCGGCGACCGUGGCCGCAGCAGCAGUCGUGGCCGCGGCGGCGGCGGUCGCGGCGGCCGCUCAGGCGGAUCCGGAGGAGUUGAGGAGAGCAAGGGAAGCAGCAGUGGAGGCGCCGAUGGCGGCGGUGGCGGGGACUAUAAGUUCCCGGGCCGGUGCUUUAGGUGUGGACAUCGUGGACAUCAAGCGAUCGGCUGCACUACCAACGAUGAGGACUUCGUGCCGUGGUGUGCGCGCUGCGAGGGGUGGGGCCACACCAAAGAAAAGUGCGCGACGGAGGAGGCCGUCCUAGCGCAAGUGGUGGAGCAUGAGAGCGACGUGGACUCCGUGGAAGACCAGGCGUUUUGUGCCGUGGCAGUCCCCCCAGGCGAGUGUGGUACCGUUGGUGAAGUAGGUCUAGUGGGGGUUGUGGAACUAGGCCAAGCGGUGUACGUGGCCGACACAGCGGCCCCGUGCUCCAUGUUCCGAUGUGCAGACAACUUCGUGAACUACCGUGAGCGUAGCGGUUGGGUGAAGGGGAUCGGAGGCGACAAGGCCCCCGUUCCUCUUCUAGGAUACGGAGAUGUGACCUUAGUCCUACAGACGGAAGAUGGUGGAGUACCCGUACCAGUACUGAAUGCUGCCCAUGUACCAGAGGCCCCCUACAACCUCCUCUCGCUGUCUUCGUUGGCGGAGGAGGGCCACACGUAUUCGGGAAUGAAGGGGGGCCUCACGCUGACCACGAAAGCCGGGGGGGAGGUGUGGUUCCCCCGGACUGGAAAGCUGCUGACCCAACGAGGCUAUCAAAUAAAGCCAACGCUACACACCGCCUGUGCCGCACUCAUUGUUCCUGGCGAUGCGAAAGCAGCCAACCCCACUGACCUCAACGAGUACCACCUCGCGCACGGCCAUGCCCACGAGACAUUGCUCAGGAUCACGGCGGAGCAGCAGGGAGUGCAGCUGACGGAUGGACCGCUGCUACCCUGUCUUGGCUGUUCGAUGUCCAAGGGACAGGUGAAACCCGUCCAGAAGAGCACGAGCACACGCGCACUGCUAUCUUUCGCAGAUGACGAGGAGGGCGGGCAGGGCGAGAGCAGAGCGGAUGCAUCACGCCAAGGUUGGGGGGGGG